CAUGCCUCCGAUGUUCCGCCUCCACCUAGUCGCUUUCUGUAUCUUCCUAAUGGUGAAUACUACAUCUGGCGGGCCUCGUGGUCUAGACGAUAUCGGCAAAGGUGUUAGAGUGGACGCCCAUGUUUUGUACACAUCAAAAAUCCAUGUAAAAGCAGAAAACAUAAACGAUAACCGUUUAAUUGUUCAAAGUAAAAAUGACACCAUUUUCGACUACUUCAAAGACCUGUUUGAAUUGGUCCAGAUGUAUUUUCACUACUACAAGGUAAUGAUCAAUUUUACAGUUACAAGUGUCAGAGAGAAAAAUGACCUGGUCGUAAACUUUGGUACUGAUAACAAUACAAUUGAUGGCCCUGCCACACUGGAAAAUAUUACAAAAUACGCGGAGAAUGCCACAGUUAAACCCUCAAACAACUCUAUUUACUACCUCUUUACUUGGCAAGUACACACUUGGUCAUAG